GUUCUUGUGUCGUCUUGAUCGAAAACAGGAGCCUUUCCGGAACAGGGGGGAGGGCGCGCAGCGGCGCAUGUCCUUUCCCUGAAACCUCGGAUUCCCCGGCGGAUUCUCCGCUUGCAUGGAGACGAAGCGCGGGUCAGGUGCGAGCCAGGGACAGGUGCAGCCAGGCCCGGCGGCGCCGGCGCCGGCGAAUGCGAAGGGCCUGGCGGCGAAGCGCUCGCGGGAGUCGGUGGAGUCCAAUGCCUCCAUCGUCACGCGGAAGGAAGCGGUUCGCGUGGUGAGCACUGAGAAGUCCGAGCACUCUGAGGAGCCGCCCGGUGGGCUCUCCUUGCUACUGGGCCUCUAUCGCUUCAACCAGCGCAUCACCCUCCAUGCCAGGUUCAUCGUCAGUUCCCUGACGGGCGGAGAAUCAAGAGGCAGCAAAUCGAGGUGGACCCCUGGACUGCUGGAGCGAUCGCUCUACAAUGGCGAGCACCACGACAAGGGCUCCAGCGACAUCUUGAACAUUCAGGAGCUUUUCCAUGGAGCCGAGACCACGAGAGAUCUCACAGUGCAGCAGCACUUCGUUUGCCGUUUCCACCUCUCGACCUUGGCGAGGAGGAUCGAGCUGGUACGCCUGCUGUGCGUGGUGUGCACCUGCAUCACUGCACCUCUUAGCUUCAUUCUCUCUGGGGACUGGAACUCCCCGGAGUUGGUGCCUGGAGGACGACUUCUCCUGGGCUUCGAUUGUGCCAUGGACGUUAUCUUCGCGAUUUGCCUGGCGCUGCGCUUCAGAAUCUCCUUCUUGCACCCCAUCACCAAGAAGGAGGUGACGGAUGUGUUGAAGAUCAGGCACUACUACACCAAUAGUGUUGUCUGGUGGCUGCAGCUCAUCAGCGCUUUCUCCUACUGCUGGCUAGGAUUUGGCGCCACACUGCUUCUGAACAAUCUGAAGCUCGUUCGUGUAGGCCCCUUGCUGAGAGCCCCCGAUGCACUCUGGAGGAUGGAGGACAAGCCUGUGGUGCGGCUGGGGCGGCCGGUGGUCUUGCUGGUUCUGGGUGCCCACUGGACCGCCUGCCUGCUCUUCACCCUGGGGGGCUUCAGAGAGGAGCUGAUCGAGCGGGCACAUGACUAUGCGACCACCUUCAGUUUAGGCUACGGCAUCUCAGGUGAAGUGUCUGGAGGCGUGUCUCUGUACUUCAUGGCCUUCGUCGAAGCGUUGUACAUGCUCACUGGCGCUUUGGACAACCCCUUGGGCGAUGGAGGACCACGCGACAAGGACUUUGGGUCUUUGCUGAUGGUGUCAAUCUUCGGACCGGUGGGGUGUGUAGUUGUGGCGCUCUUCAUCUCCGCUAUCAUGCGUGAGCAGCAGAGAGCACUGGCUUUGGAUAGCAAGCACGAGGAGAACAAGGCGUUCAUGGAGCGCGCUUUGCAGAUUCUGGAGAUACCACCCGAGCUGCAGCAAAGGGUGCUUAGCAUGCACCUUUUCCAGAAGUUCGAGCAUGAUGUUGAGGCGCUGAACUCUCUCUUCGAGAAGAAGAACCUCAGCAAGGCCCUGGAGAACACGUUGCUGGUCUACCUCUAUCGAGAGACGGUGGUUUGCUCCCCGUACUUCAGGAACAAGGACCCGAACUACAUCAUCGCGGUGGUCAACGUGCUUGAGGACCAGGUCUUCUUGCCGGGGGACUACGUUGCGCGAAAAGGAGAAGUUGCUACUUCGAUGUACUUUGUGAGUCGAGGGGACCUCACCAUCCUCAUCCCAGACCAUGAGGAUGAGAACAACGUGUUGAAGGCCAAAGAGAUCAAGAAGAUGGGCGUCGGCGAGCAGUUUGGUGAAAUCGCCCUGGUGAAGGACACCGUGCGCACCGCCUGGGUCCGGGCGAACACCUAUGUCAUCGUCUCCGCCCUACCCUCCAGCUCCAUCAGGCACGUUUGGGUGUUCUACCCCAAGGAGCGGGAGGAGCUCCUGCGUACGGUGGAGCAGCACGCGGAACGAGACAGGAAGCGCAAGGUCAAGCAAAGGUGGGAGAAAGGAUUGGGCGCUGCCACUGUAACUCCUUGGAAGAUCAAGGGCGGGCCAGGAUCCACGGCAUCAUUUGCAUCAGGCACUCCCCCUUCGCCAACGGCACAGGACAGCAGGCUGAAAUCUGGGAAGACCGUCAAGUUCUCUGGAUUGGAUCAGCGGGAAGAGACAGAGUCGCGCAGCGAGAGCGAAUCUCCAAAGAGUGCGCAGUCUCGGGCAGAGCCAGAAUCUCCAGUUUUCCACUUCGGCGAGGAGGUUGUGACAAGGAGACUUCAGGCAAUGGAGAAUCGUAUGGACGAAGUGCUUCGGCGUCAAAGCUCGCUGGAGCGUAACGUGAUGGAGUCCCUCAUGAAGAUCCAGAAGAAUUUGGAGAAGCGCGCAGGCUUGGAGGAGAAGGAGAGGCAGCGCCACUGGCAACUUCCAGAGGAGAAGUGGAUUCAAAAGAAGGUGCCAGAGGAGGGCCGGCGCCGGGCCCGAAGGGCGCGCAAGAGCACGGAGGGUCGGCCCUGUGUGGAUCUCACUGGCCUGGACCCGGCCGCUGCUUCUGACACUGCAAUGCCGCCGCAGGCAGCGCCAAAAAGUUUCGAUGCAGCGCCUUGGGCUCAGGGCUCGUUGCCCGUGCCGCCGCCUCCGGAGAAUGAUGAAGAGUCCUUGAUACUCCACCUACACGACCCUGGCGAACCGUCCCAGUGAACCAUGGCUGCUUGAUGCCUUAUGCUCACCCUUAUGGUAGAGCAUGGGCGAGCGUAGUUAGUUUUUGGAUUCCUGGAGAAAGGCGGUGGCCAACAGAUUCAGC